AUGAUAAAGCUUUUAGGUUCAAUUAAGCAUGUAGCUAAAUCCGCUCCGUUGAAAAAUCGUAAUGGUAAUUCAUAUUCCUACUCUUGUUUGUUUCUCCCACCAUCUCCCACCAACUCUUCAUCGGUGCGUCUCAGCGCCAAGGAUGUGGUGGCAUCCUUAAAAGACUGGUUCAAGGGCACGAACACACCUCUACUCGACCGCAUCUUCACCAUCCUCAGCUACCAGGACGAUGCUUUUUCCAGGCAUGCCGCUGACCUUGCUCUCUCCCACCUCAACCUCAAUCUCUCCGAGACCUUUGUCCUCCAGGUCCUCUCUUACGGCCGCUCCUCCUCCCAAGAUGUUCUCUCCUGCCUCAAGUUCUUCGACUGGGUGGGCCGCCAGCCGGGAUUCAACCACACCCGAGCCACCUUCUUUGCCCUCUUCAAGAUUCUCUCCAAGGCCAAGUUCAUGCCCUUGAUGCUUGACUUAUUGCAGGAUUUUAUGGAGCAUAGGCGCAUUGACAAUGUCAGAUUUCAUGACACGUUGGUUUGGGGUUACGCCCUUGCUGGGAAACCUGAGAUGGCACUCCAGCUGUUCGGCAGAAUGCGAUUUCAGGGUCUUGACUUGGAUACCUUCGCCUACCAUGUGCUUUUGAAUGCUCUUGUAGAGGAGAGUUGCUUUGACGCCGCUGACAUGAUUGCUAAGCAGAUCUCAAUGAGGGGUCUUGAGAAUGACAUCACCCACUCCAUCCUGGUCAAGUGCUGGUGCAAGCAGAACAAGUUCAAGGAGGCGGAGGCCUAUUUGCGUCGUUUGGCGGAGAGCUGGAAGCCUGUUGAUGGUUAUUCCGUGAGUAUUAUGGUGAAUGCGCUUUGCAAGGGCAACAGAUUCAAGCAUGCGGCUACCUUGUUGGAGGAGUUUACGGAGCUUAAUGUGCCAAUGGAACAUGCUUAUGGGAUCUGGCUUCAAAACGUUGUUCAAAGUGGGAGGUUAAACUGGUCUUUGGACUUUAUCAAUAGUAGGAAGCUAUUAUACAGGAAUGUUCCCCGCCUGUUUCAGUACAAUGUUUUGGUGUUGAAACUAUUAAGCGAGUACCGACUGAAUGAUGUUUAUGAAUUGUUAAUUGAAAUGGAGAAAGAUGGGAUUUCGCCUGAUAAGGUCACCAUGAAUGCCAUUUUGUGUUUCUUUUGCAAGGUUGGGAUAGUGGAUGUUGCCAUUGAGUUGUAUAACUCCAGGUCAGAGCUCAGGCUCUCUCUUAAUAGCACAACCUAUAGUUCUUUGAUCAAUGAUUUAUGUUGGAAUGGAGUUAUCGAUGAAGCUUAUCGUGUGUUAAGAAAUUCGAUUCGUGAAGGUUACUUCCCCAGUAAAAACACCUUCACGCAUGUUGCGGUUGCCUUGUGCAGAGAGGCAAAAUUUGACAUGAUAAAGGAACUGGUAAUUUUCUCUCUUGAGCGAAAAGUUAAGCCCUGCUAUGCCAUAUGUGACCCAUUUAUUGUGGCUUUGUGUAAAGCAAAUAGGAUUGAAGAUGCGUAUUUAUUACAUGGUGAAGUUUGUAGAAUAAAUAAAGAUAUUGCACGUGAAACUUAUUUUCACUUGAUUCAUAGUUUUUGCCGGUCGAAUAGAGGAGAUAUUGCUGCGACUCUUUUAUUUGAAAUGCAGGAGAAGGGUCAUAAACCAACUAGAACAUUGUUUAGAUCUGUUAUCUGUUCCUUGUGUGAUAUGGAAAGUCCGGAAAACCAGUUCUUUAAAAUGUUGGAGAUGCAGUUAUCUCAUUUUGAGCCAGAAGCUCGUAUUUUUAACUUUUUCAUCUCCGGAGCUGGUUAUGCCAAAAAGCCUGAACUAGCUAGAGAAGUCUUUGAGAUGAUGCAAAGAAGUGGGAUUAAGCCUGGUCUGAGGUCCGACAUUGUUAUGUUGGUUAGUUACCUACAGAAUAACAGAAUUUCUGAUGCUCUAAACUUCUUUAACGACAUACGUCAGAGAAGAAAGAUAGGGAGAAAACUAUAUAGUUCCAUGAUAGUUGGUCUUUGUAAAGCUGAUCAGGCAGACUAUGCACUGAGUUUCAUGAAGGAAAUGAAGAGUAAUAAUGUAUAUCCAAGCAUGGAAAGCUAUGAGCUUCUUAUAAAGCUGCUGUGUUCGAAGAAAAGCUACUGGUUGGCCGUAAAAUUGGUUAACGAGUUGGAGAAUUCAAGGGGCUAUAUUACACCUUUUAUCGGUAAUGUACUUUUGUUACAUUCUUUAAAGACAAAACAGUUGUACGAGGCUUGGGUUCAAUUCAAGGAAGGGGAAGAUGAAACAUCAGAUGUUUCGAUGCUUGGGCGAGUAAUUGGAAUAUUUUCUGGUUGUAUCAAAGCAGGCAUAGAUAUUGAGAGGGCAGAGGAAAUUAUUGCAAAAUGCUUCCCACUCGAUAUCUACACAUACAAUACAUUGUUGAAGAAAGUAAGUAAAAGCACAGUGGAGGAAGCUUUUGAGGUGUAUGAUUGGAUAUGCGAAAAGGGUUAUGAGCCAAAUAGAUGGACUUAUGACAUCAUAAUACAUGGUCUUCUGAAGAAAGGUAUGAGAGUUGAAGCUCAAAGAUGGUUGAAAGAAAUGUUUGAGGAAGGUUUUGAUUUAACAGACCGAACCAAAAUGUUAAUCUAA